AUUAGAGGCAGCAGUGGAUCAAGACCUUCUCUUUGGACUCUCAUGCAGGAGAGUGAGUUCAUAGAGGAUGCUAUUGUUUCCUGCUUGCCUCCCUCCCCUCAUGCAUAAUGAGCGUCCUGGUCCAUCCUCUCUCUCCUCCCUCUAGUGUCAAGGACUCGGUGAGUCAGAGUGAGGAGAAAACAGGAGCAGAUCUGUCUGUGAUUUUGUGGUCCAAAAUCUUUGGUGGAGAUAUGAGGCUGAAGAGCAGCUGUGACUGAGGCAAAACACAGACAGACAUGGACAAACAGAAAGUGCUGGCCAAAUUGAUUUUGGAUCUGCAGUCCUUCCUGUCUGUUCUAGACUCAGAGAACCUGAGCAACAUUGCUCAGGCUCAGAAGAAAUCCAUCUCAGAGCUGCUGUCCAAACUGCAGACUAAUGAAAACCCAGUGGAAGAUGCUGAAUACAUGAUCAUGAGCUGUCCAUCAUCAUCGCCUUGCAACAAGCUCGCAGACUCACCUGGGAAAGAUGGUGUUCGUUUCCCUGAGCUGAACUCAAGGCAGGACUCCUCCAUUUGGCUGAAGAAUGGAAAUCAGGGCCCAACAGUGCCACCCCUCCCAGCAGGAGGUUUAGGAGAUGAUGAUGAAGAUACAUAUGAGGAGGCAGAACCCUACGCACCUGCUGAUACAACCAUGUCAAACACUGAGAAGGCGGAGUCAGACAGCAGUCACUACGAGUCCUAUGGUGAUGAGGACGAUGAUGAGGACAAUGAGGGGGAGGAGCUUGUAAAGGAUAGAGCUCACUACAUCCAGUGGAGUGCCUCUCAGCCAUGCCUAAGGCCCGCCCCUGAGUCUCGCCUCUGUGGUUACCUGUGGAGGAGAAAGUGGCUGGGACAGUGGACCAAACAGCUGUUCAUCAUCAAGAACAACAUGCUGCUGUGUUAUAAGUGUGCCCGAGACCUGCUACCACACCUGGAGCUGAGCCUGCUUGGCUGCCAGCUUGUCUACAAGUCAAAGAGCAACAGGAAGAUCCAGCACCAGCUCAAACUGGUUCUACUGGGCUCAGAGACACUGGUGCUGGGAUACAGUACCUUCCAGCAGGCCGACGAAUGGAGGAAGGUUAUAGAGGAGGUGAGUGUCGGAGGCGAAGUGGAAAUUGAACGUUCAUCAUCUCUGAUCAAAUUAGAGCAGCAGCUCUCCUGCAGGUCUAGUACAGUCCAAAGCCACUCUGAGGAGGAGAAAUCUCCAGCUUGCGGCGGCCUCGACAAAGAUAAAGGUUUCCUGAACGUGCUGAUGAACUGUCAGUGGCAGAGUUUACUGUGUCGUGUUGAUGCCGGUUCACUCAACAUGUUUGGAGAAGAGGAGGACGACAGAGGGGAGGCAAAGAGGGAGCGAUCUCCUCAGUACACCAUCCAGCUCAGAGGGUGUGAGGUGCGAGCCGGGCCUGACACUGACCACUCCUACAGGAUCACAUUGAGCAUGCUCAGUGACCAGGUUGCUAUGCUAGAGGUCAGUAGUUCAGAGGAAAAGGAGCAUUGGUUGAAGCUGCUGCAGGAUGGAUCUGACAGUCACACUCACCAUAACAACAAAGCCCAGGAGCAUACAGGUGCUGCUCUCAGCGGGCUACAAACUCGGAGUUUUCCUACUUCCAACACUUACAUGGAUGAGCCUUCCCACCUGAGUGGACAUGGUCGGGACCAGCCAGUCUACUCCAACACGUCCAUACUGGAACACAUGCUCCAAACGUCACAGGAUUCAGUUCGCUGCAGCUCUGUGUCAUCCAAAGAUUCAGUGACCUACAGCAAUGCAGUUUUCACUUGCCACAACAGGAAGGCAGGUGAGAUGGAACGUAACGUUCAGAAGCUGGAACUGACUGGUAAGAGGCCUGUGCAGCUGAGAGCCGGCUCGGAGAUGAACCUUGCAUCAGCAGGGAAACAAAACAAACGCACCUCUUUUAGACAGUCACUGGCUGUCUGUACAGAGCGUGCUCAGGUGGGUUUCCUGAAUCCUCUGCUGCGACGGACGGCCUCAGCUAAAAACUCUCUGAGACGAGCUCCCUCUGCACUGUUCAUUGAACAUGGGAAGGUUUUCCUGAGAAGGAAGGAGUGGGAAACCAAAGCUACUACUUGACACCAGCUGAUCGUCUAAUUGUUUGUGUCUGUUUUGUGUUCUUUACAAAUGUUUUUUGUAAUUUUGUAUUUCUUUGUUGUUAUUUGUGUGUCUCACUGUGGUAAUUUGACAUCUCUUUGUAGUCUCCUUGUAGUAAAAUAGUUGUUUUGUGUCUUUUUGCAGUGGUCUAGUUUAAUUUUGUUUGUCUUUGUUUUCUGUCUCUUUGAUACCAGAUAUCAGAAAUCCAUUCUCCUACACAGCAAUAGACAAAUAUGGCAGAAUGCUGAGCAGUGUACUUAGGUUUUUUUUUUUCUGUUUGUGUUCAGUAUCAACAUGCUUUCUGUAUCACCAGAAUAUUUUGCUCACAAACUCAGCAGCGGCAUUGAGAAAAAGUUUCUUUUUCCCUGCUCCUUCUCUGUGAUUAAUCACUGGUAUGAAUUUCAAGAACCAUGUUUAUUUAAAUUUAUUUUGUUAUAUCCCACAUCAUUAUUGAUAUUGUAAUGACCUGCAUAUUAUUGUAAUCUGUACAUAUUACUUUGAAUCAGUCUAUCCCUAUCACUUAUUCGUAUAAUUUUUCUACUGAUUGAAUUUUACAAUCUCAGGGGAAUGUUUCUGUUGAUGUUGGAAUAAAUGCUGAACACUGACCUGUAACAUCAAAAACUGUACUUGACAAUAUAUCACUCGAAACAAGAGCCUUAAAUGUGACCUUUGUGUUAUCAGCCACGUUGUGUAAAAUAAAAAUAAUGUCAAAAUAAUAAUACAUUUAAACUGCAGUCACCAAACAUCAUCAGGAACAUUGAUUGUGUUGAUUGUAAAGAGAAAUGGUCAAUCUGUUCUUAAUCUGUAUCUUAAAUUCUCUUAUUUGUAAUUUUUAUGCACCAUAUUAACAUGUAAUAAAUGUGUCUGUGUGUACAUUACAGGUAUCUAACCAUUCAGUACACAUUUAUAUUUUUGAUUGAUUAUAUUGAAGAUCUUUGAGAGUUAUAACAAGCAAAUCUUUACUCUGGGACACAGGUGAUUGCCUACAUUGUUAGCCCUAUUUCAACCCUUGUUCUUUGAUUGUAUUUAUGUUUGUUAAAGACUAAUUUCUUCACUACAAUUAACAAUUAAGUUGUUUUUGUUGUUGUUUUUUAAUAAAAAAUACAUAAUACAUAAUUUAAUAUACCAUUCUUCUUAGAAAUCUUACAGCAGAAUACGUCUGAGAAUCGUCAGAUUUUAAUUAAAAAUGUUCCUAGUGUCAAUGCUCUUUGAUAGUUGUCCUUUUUCGAAUUCCAAACAAAGAUAAAACGAAAAACACCGCUUCAAGGGU